AUGGAUGUCCUCUUUGUCGCCUUCCUUGCUGUACCACUCAUCCUGGGACAGGAAUACGAGGAUGAAGAAGAGUUGGAAGAGGGUGAUUACUAUCAAGUGGCAUAUUAUUAUUACACAGUUACCCCUAAUUAUGAUGACUUUAGUGCAAACUUUACUGUUGAUUACUCCAUGUUUGAGUCGGAGGACAGGUUGAACAGGCUGCAGAAGGAGGUGACAACAGAAGCCGUAGAGACCACCAUUAGUCUUCAGACAGAACUUGUGGACCAGGAGAACCCUGUAACAACGAGACCAGCGAGACCAGCGAGACCAGCGACCACAGAACCAGUGAGUCAAAUGGGGAUGAAGGAGGAGGGAGACAGGAUAGCUCUUAUCCGGACAGAUCUCAGGCCUAGUGACCUGGAAUGAACAGGGCAGGUGUUGGUAGAGGGGAGAACCGGACAAUGAGUACUUCCAUGUAGGUACUCCAUUUUGGUUUUUGUUGUUGUGACCAAACACUGACAAAAAACGACUUGGGUUUAUUUCAGCUUACGACUACCAGGUCACACUUCACCACUGCAAGGAGUCAGGGCAGGAACUCAAGCCAGGAGCUGAACAUAGACUUUGGAGGCACACUGCUUCCUGGCUUGCUUCCAUGACUUGCUCAGUUUGCUUUCUUAUACCACUU